AUGUUACAAGGUCAAUCGGUCGAUUUGGCCAAAAGAUACUGGUCAUAUUCUAAUGAUGGGUCAAGAUAUGCAUUUUUCGCUUUUCUUGCUGCUGUGAUUGUGAUUUUUUUCGUUUUUACAUGUUUGCUUAAUGUCCGCAGAAUCAGACGGGGAAGAACUCCUAUUAUUUCGCAGUACUUGGCUCCUCCAAGCUACUACCAGUCCGAGCGUAAUCGCCACGAAAACAAUGGGGUGCAGUUACCUACAUACACUGCCCAGCCGAACCCGAAUCAAGACAUCGGAUAUUACGACUCCAAUGGCAAUUUCAUCCCAUACUCCAAGACUGACGGCACUGCGACCUCUACAAAUCCAUUCGACAACCAGGGAACGGGAACGGCGUCGACCCAGGGCAACAGCAACGCUGCAGGUAACACUACUGGCAACGCUGAACCUCUCAGUCAGCCUGAGCAGGCGCACGCUCGCCCAGAAAACAGCCCUCAGGCCUACCCUAGCGCCAACCCCCAGCCUUCUAGUACAUCUUCCACUGGAAAUUACGCUCCGCCUCCAGGUCCUCCUCCUACUCAUGCUAAAGAAUACUGA